AUGGCAAAUAAUCCACUCAGUCCAGAUUCCAUUCUGCAUCAUAUGGCAGAAGCUUUACCUACUCAUCAAAAAGAUGAUACCGAUUCCGAUAUCAGCAGCUCAUACGAAGCCAUCGCCCUAUUCUCUCACGCAUGUAUGAUCGCAGUUGGAUUUCGACUCAUCGGAUUUGCAGAAGGUCAAGAGAAUAAAACCGAAUGCGCACAACUUGCUCCCAGAUUAUCUUCGAAAUGGAAUUCUUCCUUUGGAUCCCAUUCAUUCCUCUACGCUCACUCCCAAUCCUCUAUGAACUACGUCGUCAAAAUCGAUCGCCUAGGUGGCAAGGCUGAAAUCCGAGGAAUAGGACUCGGAGAUGAGAAAAUUACCCGUCUCGAGAUUACAGCCAGAGAUUACGUUUCCACGUCUGCGCUCCCUUUACGAAUUCCUUUCACAAACGACCAAGAAGAUCGUUCAAAUCUCAAAUCAAGGCUCAAAGAAAUUUUUGUCUCUCCUCCCAGAAUCGCAGAUCUCGCUUCCCUCUUCAAAAUAAGUAUUAUCCAAAGACUCAUUCCAUCUUUACAGAAAGAAGGAUACGAAGAUUCUCAACAAGGUGCGAGUGAGGGCGCAGGUGAAGCAUCCCGGGUUCAUGAUGAAAGAGAAGAAACACAAGCUCGACGAAAUCCUGUACCAACUCCCACAACCGAUCCACAUCUUCCAGCACCAGCUCGUCCAUAUCCAUAUAAUGAUCCCCUUGCCGACCCACCACGUCGUCCCAUCCCCGCCGGAGAUUUUCCUCCUCCUGGUUUCGAUGAUGAAUUGGAUCUGAAUCGUCUUCGACGCUUUGAUCCUCGGGGAACGAUUUCCCCUUUCAAUAUUGGUCACGAUGAUUUAAAUCCUGCAGGUCUAGGACCCAACGAUCCUUUCCCCGGUUCUUUUACAGGUGGGGCAGGCGCUCGAGGAUUAGGUGGAAUGGGAGGUAUGCAUCCUACAUUUGAUGAUCCUCUAUUUGCAGGACAAGGACAGAGAUUAGGGGGUGGUAGAGGAGUAUUCAACCCGCAAGCUCCGCCAGGUGCAAGAUAUGAUCCUUUGGGACCGGGUGAUGGACCUCAAAGAGGUGGAGGUGGAAGACCACCCAAUCCAUUUAUGAGGUAUGGGGAUGGAGAUUUUAUGUGA